AUGCUCAAUUUGGUGUGUAUUGCUAGAGAGUUUUUUUUUCUUGGGAGGGUCCAUGUGAUCAUCACAGGGCCAAUCAACAUUGUCCAGACAGAGGGUCAAGGGUUUCGCAUCCUCCUAGAGCAGAAAUAAAUCUCCUCCUGCAAGCUUUAACCAGUGCUGUGCUGGACACUAAUAGAAGUCACAAGACUGCUCAAACUGCUGAUGAUAAAAGGUAUUUAGCAGUUUAUAUUUACUAAAAAAAAUAGCAUUUCCAUGUUCUGUUUACUGUGGGAGACCAGAUAUAGUGAAUGCAGGGUGCUUGG